CGCUCUCCGCCGCCGCUUCCGGGUUGCUAAGGAAGCGGAAGUGACGUCAGAGGAAGAGGCGGGGCUUGCGAAAGUUCCCUCACGGCGCCGGGAGGAGGAUGGAGCCCCCGGGCCGGUUCCGCUCCCGCCCCGAGUUCUGCCCCGAGUGCGGCUCCGUCCUGCCCCGGCCCGGCCCCGCCGGCUGCCAGCGCUGCCCCCGCUGCGGGCUCGGCCUCCAGAGCUCAGAUCUCGGGUCCGUUCCCGUCCGUUCCUCGUUGAGCUUCGCCGCCGCCGAGUGGGGGAGGGGCAGCGCCGGCCCCGCCCCCCAGGAGGGGCCCACGGUGGACAGGAGCUGCCCCCGCUGCGCCCACCAGGGAAUGUGGUUCCACACGCGGCAGAUGCGCUCGGCCGACGAGGGGCAGACGGUGUUUUACACCUGUCCCCGCUGCAGGUUCCAGGAGAAGGAAGAUUCCUGAAAUUCGCAUUUUUGGGGAAUUUUUGAGGGAGAAAUUUCGGGUUUUGUGAGACUGCUUUUUGGAGAUUUUGUUUUUUUAUUUUUGGGAUUUUUGUGGUCAUUUUUGGGAUUUUUGGGACCAUUUUGGGGAUUUUUGGGGCCAUUUUCUGGAAUAUUUUGGUGGUUUUGGGCAUUUUUUUUGGGUUUUUUUGCACCGUUUUGGGGAUUUUGGCGCUGGAAGAGGAAUAAAAGCGCCCCCUCCCAAAUUUGGGGCGGAUUUUUGGGA